UUUCUGCUAUUUUUAUAAGUUUUUUUCAAAAUGCCGUUGGUAGAUAUAACUAAUCCAGCGGUUAUAAUAUUUCUGAUCGAAAAUUAUGAAAAGGAAAACCGGUUACGUCUGAACUGGAUUCAUAAACAUUGGGAACAGAUACAGCAAGCGGCAACGCUUACUCGCGAGCCGACAAAUUAUUUUGAAACUGACGUCAUAGCUCAUAAUAUGGUGGGAGGUCUGCCUACCAUAACUAGAGAUCACGUUGUUGCUGGUUUUAAUAGACGAAAGACUGCCAUACGAGACGGAACCUUCAUACCUGGAGUCCAACAUCUCCGCCACGGGCAUUCCAUUGUCGACGUCGGUCUCGGAAACUUAAAAGAAGAUCCAAGACUUGAAAAAGCAGUCGAUGAUUUAACUCCUGAACCUAUUAUGCGGCCAGUUGAUCCAAAUUUAGAAGAAAUGAUAUAUAAAUCCAAACCCGAAUUUGGGCGAGUACAAUACUUAACAAAGCGUGGUAAAAUCCUGCCGGAAAAAAAAUACUAUUUUGCUGAAUGUAGCAAUUGCGAAUACGGUUGGCGGAUCAAGGAUAGUGCGUUACGCGAAAAACCGCUGCACGGCAGGUGCUGGCAUCUAACUAAAUCCUUACGCAGUCGAGUCGGUCCGCAACCCGACCCCUCGCAUUAUAAAUCUUCGGAACUGCCGGGGGCAUCGACUUGCACUGGUAUUUAGACAGAUGGCGCUACUUUACCAAUGCAUGUAUAUUUCAAUAUAUUGACAUAAAAUUUUAGUAAU